GGCGAAAAACGAUGGGGAAUUCAACAGAAACUUUUGUAAAAUUUUCUAAAACCAUUCAAACGAUUUUUCAGAGAUCGGAUCUCCAGAAAACCUUCUCAACAAUCAGACUUUUUGAAAAUGGUCUAGAACAAUAGCGAAUUGAAGUCUGAACAAAGUGAGACGUUUUCGAGCCUUCUGCGACUUCUCGGUCAAGAGAAAUAUGCAAAACAUUAAAAUGGAUGGGCAAUAAAAAGUCUUGAAUUCGAUUUUUUAGUUUUGAAAAUUUUAAAAAUGUUUCCAUUGAAUUCCCCAUCGUUUUUCGCCUAUUUCACGCCAUUUCCAUUAAAUUUGGUCGAAAAGAUUGCGACUUUGUCAAAAAUCUCCUUGCCGCUUUGUAUAGUGGAAAAAAAGAAACUUAUUUUUUUCUGCAAGGAAAGCAAAAUGGAAAAAUCUAAACAUAUAACUUUGUUAGCCGCUCGAUGCUCUGUCUAACCAUGUAUGACACAAUGGUCUAGUCCUUGAUACAAAAAACUAGUAGGGAUUGGAAAGUGAAGGUGUCAUUUUUAGGCCCAUUCUGUUGGAAAAUCAGCCACAAAUCUAAUUUUCAUAGAAACUCUAUGCAAUGAUACAUAGUUAGAUAGAGCAAGAGUCAAGGAAUUCAAAGCUGAAAUUUCGCUGCAUUUUUGCAUUAGAUGUAACUUAGGGGUUAUCAUUGGAAAUUGGGUGGAACUUUUUGCACCAAAUGUAAGGAUUUUACUUUCUACGUUAUAUUUGAAUGUAACUUAUCCGAAAAAGACAAAUUUGAAUUAAGUUGACCUAGAGAACAAAUUCAUGUUAUUUUAGAAGUGGUAUUACUUUUGUUAUGAUCGUUUAAUGGCUCAUCUUGACUAUUAAAUAUGUAAUGGACUAAUGCGUGGUAUGUUAAAAUAGUAUCGGUAUUAUCGUCAUCAAUUUGGUCGAAAUAAAACGUAUGUAGAUAGUUAAUAUUGAAAUUUCAAAAAGGGGUACACUGAAAAAGGUGCAUUUUCAAAAAGUAAUGUGCCUAAGAUGCUUUCAAUGCAACCUCAUUUUUGAAUAGUAAGAAAAUAUUUCCAUGUAAUAAAGUAAGGUAUCUGCUAUACGUUACAUACGCUGGGAUGCCUUAUUUAGGCAUGCAACAGUAACAAUACCAUCGAUAUCAGUGCUCAAAGUAUUCGUGACACGACAUUACCGCGAACGAUAUUACCGCGAACGACGUUACCGCGAAUGACAUUACCGCGAAUACAGAAAACGACAUUACAGUGA